AUGACUGGUGAUACCGACGAACUGACUGCAUUCGUUCUACGUCGUGGACAGAUAAAAGCGCAGCUCACUCGUUUUCAAACGUUUCUGAACGACCCAAAGUCCAACGUUUUAACACAAUUAAGAUUAAGGGCCGAGAAAAUUCGUGAAGCAUGGACCGAAUUCGACGCAAUUCAAAACAAUAUCGAAAUGUUAGACGAUAGUAAUAAUGACCAAUUACAAUAUAGGUCUGCAUUCGAAAAUCUAUAUUUCGAUGUAAUGUCAGAAGUCGACGAUAGAUUAUCGAGAAGCAACGCGCCUGCGCAAAAUCGACAACAAAUACAGGGUGAUCAAAGUGAAGUCACAAAUAGUCAUAAUUUUCCAUUAAUAAAACUUAAAGCGUUAGAAAUUCCUACAUUUACGGGCAAAUUCGAUGAUUGGGUUACGUUUCAAGAUAUAUUUUGUGCAUUAGUACAUAAAAAUAAAUUAAUAUCAGAUAUUCAGAAAUUUUGUUACUUAAGAAAUGCAUUAGAAGGCGAAGCUAGUUCAUUAAUUAAAAAUUUAGAAACGUCGUCAUCAAAUUAUGAAAUUGCAUGGAAAAUAGUCACUACGAGAUACAAUAAUACUCGUAUGUUGAUUCAAACACACACGAAGCGCAUUUUCGACCUGGAGCCUAUUAAUAAAGAAUCGGCCAUUAAGUUAAAACAAUUAACUGACUCGCUAAAUGCACAUAUACAAGCAUUAAAAGCUUUAAAUCAUGACCCACACAGCUGGGGUGCAUUACUACUACAUGUCAUAUACACGAAACUUGACACAAAUUCAAUACGUCAAUGGGAAGCCGAAGUGUCAAGAGAUGACUUACCGAGUGUACAAUUAAUGAUGGAGUUCCUGGGUAAAAGAAGUCAAAUGUUAGAGUCUGUAGAAAACGCAAAACUAUUAACAUUUAAGCAAAAUGAACCAAAUUGUUUGUCAAAUAAAAUCUCAAAAUUUGGAGCUUCAAAAAAAGGUGCAUCUACAUUUUUAACAACGUAUAAAAUGAAAUGUUAUAUGUGUCAGCAACCGCACCCAAUAUAUAGAUGUACUGUAUUUCUGGCACUUGAUAUAGCGUCCAGAAUAAACAAAGUUAAUGAGUUGAAAUUGUGCAGUAAUUGCUUAAAGAAAACUGACCAUCAAGUAAAACAGUGUCCCGCUAGAAAAUGUGGAAAAUGUCAAAAACCACAUAAUUUACUACUACAUCAAGAUAAAGAACCAAGUUCCGAUGAAGGAAGUACACAAAGUAACGGGUCAAACGAUGAGCUAGUAGUUGCGCAUACCGCAGAUGCCGGCGAAACCGACAAUCAAGUACUGUUGGCAACGGCAAUAAUAAAGAUAUCAAGUUCGGCUGGCAGUUAUAUACACGGCCGGGCAUUACUUGAUAAUGGGUCUCAAACUAAUUUUAUUACAAAUAAUCUGGUACACAAACUCGGACUCAAACGUCACAAGGUAAAUAUUCCGAUAUGUGGAAUAAGUGAGUCCAAGAAUAAUAUUAAGCACAAGGUAACAGCUAUUGUACAAUCACUAAAUAGUUCGUACGUAACAACAAUCGAGUUUUUAGUGUUAUCUAAAAUAACAGGGUCAUUACCACAAGAACCUAUACACACUAUAAGCGUCCCCGACAACGUAAAUAUUGCGGAUCCUUCAUUCAAUUGUCCGGGAAGUAUUGACGUUCUCAUCGGAGGUGAUACCUAUUGGGACAUAAUGUGUGAUGAGAAGUUAAAAACCAAAGACGGUCCGUAUUUACAAAAAACGUUAUUCGGAUGGGUCGUCGUAGGCAAGACAUCGACAAAAUCAAGUGUAAGAAAAUUAAAUUCGUGUUUGUCAACAACUCAAAAUCAAUAA